GCUCUUCUGUUCUUGGUCUCGAGAGCAUCAUGGCUGUACGAGCAUGGCACGCUUCUCAUGUCACCAGAAAACCCGGCCAGAAAGGCACAAGUAUUUGCGGGGAACGCGCACCGGGGAUUACAGCUGACACCAACCUCCGUCCAAGCAGAGAAACCAUCACGAGAUCCAGGGCUCCAAGGCAUCGGCAUCGAGCAGCCAACCUGCUCCCACUCGCACCCCAUUGUCAACGGGGCGCCGCCCUGCAAAUGCCAAUCACCUUUUACCUUGGUCCAUGGCCGUCAUCUCAUAUAACAAAGCUGCCAGCCUCCCAAUCAUUCUGCUUCUGCUGCAGCUGCUAGGCUGCUGCGAAUGAUACACUGAUCGCAAAGUUGGAGGAGCCCACAGCCUAGAGCAGUAGCAUCAUCAACUGCUCCUCUAUGGAAAAAAAGAAUGGAAUGCGUGGUUGUCUUGUCGUCAGAUGAGCUCCCUGAACCUGAAGACAACGCCACAGCGGGAGUUGUGCGCCUGCUACCGGAAUCGUCGGAUGGUUUGGCCACUUGUCCUCGGCAGUUGCCGGAGGGAAAGGCUAGCUUGAUCAAAGCGUCUGCCUCUGUUUCUGGUGAGGAUAAGCACCAGCUCUCGUUCAGUGAGCAUGAGGAGUUCAGGUGAAACCAAACUGGACUGCGUGCAUUGACACUAAUCGUCCAGGGCCAUUGACACCGAUGGCCUUCUAAAUAAAGCAAGCUCAAUUCCCUCUCUGCCCGGCUUGGCCACCUCCUCUCCUCUCCUCUCCUCUCCAAACCACCACCAUUCGAUUCCUCGCCGUCGGGAUGGCGGCAUUCUGCCGCCGCCGUCGUCACACGCCGCCGCGGAGCUAGCCAUCGAGGAAGACGAGGGGCACGCCAAUGGCCAUGGCGUCCUUGUCGCCGCUCGUGCACGCCGUCGUCCUCGCCGCGUUCUUCUUGCGUACCCGCGCGGCGGCCCAGAGCCGCGCCGCGAACAUGUCGGCCGUAGAGGCCGCCGUCCGGGACCGCGCGCUCGAGCUGCUCCACGGCGGCGGCGCGAGCCAGCUCGUGGACGUGACCCUCCCGUCGAGCCUCGCCGGCGUGGGCGUCGAGGCCUCGGCGCUCCGCGUGCGCAGCAACGCGCUCUGGGCCGACGGCGUCAACGCCACCACCGGUGCCGGCCCGUCCGGGGUCGGGUUCACCAUCCCGCCGCGGGUCCUCCCGGCCCCGUUCGCGCGCCGCGUUGUGAUCGUCUUCGUGCGCUUCAUCGGCGGGAGCAACGUGACGUCCGCGUUCGCCGCGCCGCCCGGUUACGCGCUGGCGGCGCCCGUGGCCGGCCUCCUCGCGUUCGACGCGUCCGCGGGGCCCGACGGCGCCCGGGUCUCGCUCCGGGCGCUCGGCGCGCCGGUGCGCGUCGAGUUCAAGAACCUGUCAUCGUCGUCGGCGGCGGGGAAGGGGUUCAACGCCACCGCCGCACGGUGCGUGACGUUCGCGGCCGGCGGGGAGGUCGCUGCCACGCACGCCAUGGCGUCGGGCACGGCGUGCGCGGUGACCGGCACGGGCCACUUUGGCAUAGCGGUGCGGGUGGCCGAGACGCCGCCGCAAGCCUCAGCCUCGAUCGUGAGGGCGAGAUGGUGGGCGUGGACGGUGGGGGUCGGCGCCGGCGGCGUGGUGGGAGCCAGUGGCUUGGCGCUCUCCGUGGCCGGCGCGGUGAGCUGGAGCAGGAGGCGGCGGAGGGAGGAGAUGGAGCGGCGGGCGAUGGCCGGGGAGGAGCUCGGGAGGAUGACGGUGUGCGGGAGCAGGAUGCCGUCCGCGAAGGUGAUGAGGACGCAGCCGGAGGUGGAGGAGAGCCCGUCGUGGCGGUAGGCGUCCCUGAGCACCUCUCCGAGUUGCACCGGCCGGCGCCAGCUCGUGUGCGAGGUUUUUGUAACGUUCUGCUUCGUGUUUAGGUGUGUUUUUCAUCAGCUUACAGCAUGAGAUACUUGUAUAGUACAAUGUACUUUUCCCAACUUCCAUUACGACUGAAAUGAAGCCAUGGAGGUUUGCAGUAAAAUAGAGAUUCUUCAGUACACUGCAACACUUCAUUCA